AUGCUGGCUUACGUGGAGAGAAUCCAGAGGGAAGAGAGAAGCAAUGGAGUGGACACGCUGGCCCAUCAGAAAUGGUCCGGCGCCAACUACUACGACCGCUAUUUGAAGACGGUUCAAGGGGGCAUUUCGUCCACCGCCGCCAUGGGAAAAGGAGUGACGGAGGAGCAGUUCAAGGAGUCGUGGACGAGGCAGGGAGCAGGGGACUUGGGAGAAGAAGGGACCGUGGUGGUGGCCAAGUCAAGGAUGUGAUUCUGAGCUUUGGUUGGAUUGGAGAAGGGGAACACAAUAAUAUGGCGUUGCAUAUUUUAUUUCGUUGGUUGUUUGGGUCAACCCGUUUUUGGUGUCCAAUAACCAAACUUUAUUUAUUUUCUACGUUUGUUGGUUAAUGUGCUUCAAUUUUAGUUACCAGCAUUAUGUAUUGUCUUGUCGUCGUAUUCAUAUUUUAUUAUCUGUUCAGUGAAGGCAUCUUUUAAGGUUGGAAA